UCCUCUCCCUCCUUUCCUUUUAUUCCCGGCCCCACCUGCCAAAAUGAACAGCUCGGAAGAGGAGAAGCAGCUGCAGCUCAUCUCCAGCCUGAAGGAGCAAGCGAUAGGUGAAUAUGAAGACCUUAGAGCAGAGAACCAGAAGACAAAGGAGAAGUGUGACAAAAUUAGGCAAGAACGAGAUGAAGCAGUUAAAAAACUGGAGGAAUUUCAGAAAAUUUCUCACAUGGUUAUAGAGGAAGUGAAUUUUAUGCAGAACCAUCUUGAAAUAGAGAAGACUUGUCGAGAAAGUGCUGAAGCUUUGGCAACAAAGUUAAAUAAAGAAAAUAAAGCAUUGAAAAGAAUCAGCAUGUUAUACAUGGCCAAGCUGGGGCCAGAUGUAAUAACUGAGGAGAUUAACAUUGAUGAUGAAGAUUCAGCCAUGGACCCGGAGGAUGUUGCCAAGACUUGUGUCUCAGUACAGUGUCAGAAGCAGAUCAAAGAACUUCGAGAUCAAAUUGUAUCUGUUCAGGAGGAAAAGAAGAUAUUAGCUAUCGAACUGGAAAAUCUCAAGAGCAAACUUGUAGAAGUAACAGAAGAAGUAAAUAAAGUUAAACAAGAAAAAGAUGUUUUAAAUUUGGAAGUUCUUGAACAGAGAAAAGUCUUAGAAAAAUGCAAUAGAGUGUCCAUGCUGGCAGUAGAAGAGUAUGAGGAGAUGCAGGUGAACUUGGAGCUGGAGAAGGACCUUCGAAAGAAAGCAGAGUCAUUUGCACAAGAGAUGUUUAUUGAACAGAACAAGCUAAAGAGACAAAGCCACCUUCUGCUACAGAGCUCUGCUCCUGACCGGCAGCUUCUGAACGCAUUAGAUGAAAAUGCAAAACUCGUCCAGCUCCUUGAAGAAGAGAGAAUUCAGCAUCAACAAAAGGUCAAAGAGCUAGAGGAGCAACUGCAGAACGAAACUCUCCACAAGGAGAUACACAGUCUCAAACAGCAACUGGAGCUUCUCGAAGAAGAUAAAAAAGAACUGGAAUUGAAAUAUCAGAAUUCUGAGGAGAAAGCUAGAAACUUAAAGCAUUCCGUUGAUGAACUCCAGAAACGGGUGAACCAGUCUGAGAAUUCAGUACCUCCACCACCACCUCCUCCACCCCCACCUCCUCCCCCUCCUCCCCCCAAUCCUAUCCGAUCACUCAUGUCCAUGAUCCGGAAGCGAUCCCACUCCAGCAGCGGCGGUGCUAAGAAAGAAAAGGCGGCUCAACCAGAAACAACUGAAGAAGUCACAGACCUGAAGCGGCAAGCGGUUGAAGAGAUGAUGGACAGAAUCAAAAAGGGUGUUCAUCUCAGACCUGUUAAUCAGACAGCUAGGCCCAGUGCAAAGCCGGAAUCUGCAAAAGGCUCUGAAAGUGCAGUGAAUGAACUAAAAGGAAUGCUGGGGGCACUUAACAAAUCCACUAGUUCAAGAAGCUUAAAAUCCCUUCACAUUGAAAACAGUGAAACUGAGUUAGAAAGGAUUUUGCGUCGCAGAAAGUUGACAACAGAAGCAGAUAGCAGUAGUCCACCUGGAAUAUUAGCCACCUCAGAGUCCAAAUCCAUGCCCGUGUUGGGUUCUGUAUCCAGUGUAACAAAAACAGCCUUGAACAAGAAAACUCUGGAGGCAGAAUUCAACAGCCCGCCCCCCCCAACACCUGAGCCAGGUGAAGGGUCGUGUAAAUGGGAAGGAUGCUCAAGUUCCAAGGUUACAUUUCAGCCUCCCAGUAACACUGGAUACCAGAAACAAUACAUUGGCAGUGGAAAACAAGCCACACCGGUUGUAGUUUUAGAUCCUGUUUCCACACACGAACCUCAAACCAAAGCCCAGGUCGCUGAGAAAGAUCCAGCUCAACACAAGGAUGAUGACGUUGAAACCAAACCAGGAUACAAACAGAGAGAGACAGACACCAGCAGCUCCAACUGCUAAUCCGUAAACCGAAGGUGGCACGUUCGGAAGUCCUUUUGUAAUGAGCACAUGAUUCGUUUUGGUGUAUUGGCAAGAGCUAUAGACAUUCUGUUCUUGUCACUGUAUUCAGAAUAUAGGUUCUUUUCUGAUGUCACUUUUGUAAGUAGUUCACCUAUAAAUAUAUAAGUAAGCUAUUUAGCAAAAUGCACAUUCUUUGUAACUUUUUUUUAAUGUUUAUAGGGAUAAGAUUUUUUUCUAAUUACUGUAUUAAAUGUGACUUCUUUUAGAAGAUAACAAAAAAUUCACAUGUUAUCUUCUUAGGUAAUGUGCAUACCGCUAAUCAAAUGUAAUGAUGAAAGGUUGCAGCACUUGUGUAUAAUUGGAUAAACAGAACUGACUAGCUUAAUAAGGUGAUUUAAAAAAAAAACCCAGAGAAGCUUCUGUUUUGCGUAUCUGCUCUUUUUUUUUUUUUUUUUUGAUGGAGAAACUUCAGUAGCAUGGAAAUUGUUAGGCACUGUGGUAUACAAAUUACUUUCUAGGAUAUACUGAGAUAAGCUUAAAAUUUCGGGAGCCGAUGUCAAGGUAGCAGUCUCAUACUCAGUGUUAAUUACACACAUUAUUAACUAUGGGACGAUUGUGUCCAAAGCCUCCCAAAGACUUUGGAGGGAAUGCUCUAGUGGCCUGAAUGCAGAAUUGAGGUGAAGUCCAAAGCUUGAAUUUAAUAGAGUAUUAUCUUGGUAAACAGUGUGUUCAGUGCUAUGAGUCAAUUGUGUUUUCUCAUGUACUCAUGUGGCACAAGUACCAUACUUUAUCACAGUUCUUACGUACAGUGAAGAUAAGUGACAAGCAUACAAUUUCUUGCUUCACUGCUGUUUCACAUUACACAAGUUUGUUGUUUUGUUUUGUUUGUAAAGAAAUUAGGUGAUAGUCUCUAAAAAUACAAAGUUUCCAUCUACCACAGUGAAUAAAGAAAUGUAAUCAGGGAUAAAAAAAAAAGACUUAUGCAGCUUUUCAAAGUUGAUUGUUUCAAAAUUGGUGUUUAUUUAAAAUAAGUGGUAAUGUACUUGAAUGCAUUUUCUUAUGACAAUGAUUCAGUAAUGGUAAUUUUACUAUUAAAGAAAGUAAAAGGGUUAGUUUUGUUAGCAUAGCUCAGCAUGAAGCUGUCAGGUGUUUCUCACCUAAGGGCGGAAGAAAAUGAUAGUAAUAAUUGCAGUAGUUGUAUUUUAUUUUUGCACGUAUGCUAAACAUAGGCUUGAAAAGGUGGUUAGGCAGGUAAAUGUACUUCCUAAAUUUGGAGAUAAUUAUCCUUCUGUAGGUUCGUUAUGCUUGGCUGUUUCCAUGUUUCUUCCAGUGAUGUUUUUACAGUUACUUAUCAGUUUACUCAUAGGGAAUUAAAAUGUAAGGCUUUUCAACUGUGACUUCCCCUGAUUGAACAAUACUGCUGUAUGAUAUACAAAUUACAGACGGCAUUAAUUCACUGAAAUAAGGUCUGUUAUGCUGUGAUUUGAACUCUCCUCAGCACAUUUAUUAAAAAGCACCAAUAGUUUCCCACUAAAGGUCACUUGUGGUUAUUGAUAUUUUUGGUUUACUUCCCCAAACUUGACAUCCUUUAAUAAAAACAUUGUAUAAGA